UGCAGUGACUGGAAUGGAAGCAAGCGUGGGCAUGUUUACAAAUUCCUUAGGUCCCAGGGAUUUGUAUCAUCUUAUGAUAUUGCUCAUGAAUAUACAGACAGCAAUACAGAUGCUCACAAGUGGGUUAGCCAUCGAAAUCAUAGGGGAAACAUCUGUGGUGUCGAUUUCAUAUGGCUUCAUAAUCCUAAUAAGUCACGAAAACCAUUGAAGAUAAGUUGGGCUGAAGCAGCUUUUGGCAUAAUAAAGUAUCAAUUUCAAAAGGCUUCAUUGGCUGAAAAUGAUGCCUUUUCCUUUUUGAGCGCUGACAACAAUGGCAACUAUAUAACUUAUUCAGCUUUUUGUAAAGCACUUAGACAGGUAAAUUUAACUGGUUUUUCUCACAGACUAAGUUUCCAGGAAACAAAAGAUCUCUGGGUCCAAGCAGACAUUGAUGGAAAUGGCGUUCUAGACUAUGAAGAAUUUAAGUGUACUGGUUGUGUUCCUCCAAAUUAUAUGGCACUGCAAUGGGACAUUAACGAGAGGAUGAUGAGAGGUAUCCUUAUUGACUGGCUGAUAGAGGUUCACUACAAGUUUGAACUGAUGGAGGAGACCUUAUAUCUGACAGUAAAUCUAAUCGAUAGAUUUUUAGCAGUUCAACAAGUAGUGAGAAAGGAACUUCAGCUGGUUGGAGUAACAGCCAUGCUUCUUGCUUGCAAAUAUGAAGAAGUUUCUGUUCCUGUUGUAGAGGAUCUGAUUCUGAUUUCUGACAAGGCCUACAGCAGGAAAGAAGUACUUGAUAUGGAAAAAUUGAUGAUCAAUACCUUACAAUUCAAUCUAUCUUUUCCUACACCGUAUGUGUUUAUGAGGAGAAUUCUCAAAGCCGCUCAAUCUAACAAGAAGCUUUUUGACAACAAAACAUUGCCAUCUUGUAUUUAUUAUCCAGCAAUAUUGUUAAAUGAAUAUGAGAUGAUGUUAAUUGUGAUCUUGAACCAGCUUGAGCUUCUGUCAUUUUUCAUGAUCGAGCUUUGCCUAGUUGAAUAUGAAAUUCAUUUUCUACGAAAUUAUUUCCAAUG